AUGGAGGCUUUCAGCUUUCAUGUCAAUUGGUUAAUUGAUAGGCAGGAGGAAUCUCAUAGAACAGGCAUCCUAGCUGAUAUUCAAUGUUGUUUCUCCUUAGAUCGUAAUCUGUGUGACGUGAUUGAUGGAUGCUUGCCAGAGCCACUUCGCGCAAUCCUUCCCUGCUAUGUCGCGACAAACGCAGCAGACAAUAACAGCCUUAGAGGGGCAAGUCCUAUCUGUAUCAUGCAGUCGGAAGCAUUAAUAGGCGACUUCCUAUCAAGUACUACAGCCAAGCCUUUCUACUCGAUUCCUCGGCCAUUUUCUCAUCAGGUUCGCAUAUCAAGUCUGCAUUCAUCAACCUCCGAUCAUGUUAGACAUACACUUAUUGAUUCACCAAGCACAUGGAGUUCCUCGAAACAUAUUCUCUUCGCUUUCCUCGGAAUAUGCGAAAUGAGAGAACUAGUUGAGUGUAACCAGGUGUUCAAGGAAGACCAGACAUGCGAUUGGCAGGUGGGAGAGUCAAUUGAUUUCCGCAUUUGUUUGCAAAGUAAGCGGGUUCAACUUCCGCUUCCAAUUUUACUCAGCUAUUCUGUUAUCAGGAUCUGCGGGAAAACAAAGACUAUCAAAAACGCAUCUCCACUUGCGUUUGUCAAAUCGACGGAAAGUUGUCACUUGUCGGCUCGUCCAGCUCAAAUUGCAUCUCGGCAAUUGGAUGACAUCCUGCGGAAGGCGCGCUGGACUUGGACUUCCGAGAUGUGUUUCCUGAUCAUUGCGCGAUCACAUGCUUUCACACAUGCUGGCCUGAGUAAACCCUUGAGACUAAACGAUGCUCGUCACAUAUCUGGAGCUCAUGAUAAAAUUCAAGUCGAUUUCGAUAAUUUUCUGCUCAGUCUCUAUCGAGCGUUGACACCAGCGACCUUUGACAACUUGUUGGCUGUCGAUACAAAGAGUCUGGUCUCUAAUUCUUCAUUCCCCAAACCAAAAACAGUCCAUCAAGAGAUGGAAUCCGAUCACGAAGCGCUCGACUGUUCGAGAAGACAUGCAGUGAUCCAAAUCGAAAGGGCGGCGGCGGUGGGCCCAGCAUCGGCAGCUUUCGGAAAGGCAAUGCUCCACCAACACGUGGCAGCCCGAACUGAUGUGCCCCGCUCCAGCUCCCGCUACCGGCGUCGACCCGGGCCUGCGGUAUGCGGGGCAAACAGCUGGUUGGAUUCCUCAACGGCUCAAAGGUCGACGGACUCGGGGAUAGCGCUGGGUGAUCUUCAGCCCGGCUUAUUUACUGAGUCUUCCUUUGGUCCUUACUGCGUAACUGGAGUCUUUCCUGUGAAGCUGUGUCAGGUUGAGAUGGCAUUAGGGCUCCGCGACACCCUUCCGUCUGGGCAACUGAAAGAUCUCAAGCAGCGGAUCAUUGGUGGUUCUGUUGUUGAGAUUGCUUUCAGUGGCCUCUGCGGGCGAAUUUUCGUCGCAGUUGGCUCGUUCACACCUAGGAAGACUUUCACAUGCGUCAUUCGUCCCCUGCAGACGCAUGUUUCCUGCCCCGACGAACCCCAUCGAAUCCUCAAAAAUGUUCCCGGCUGA